AUCCAGGCUAGCCCCGAACCCCAAAGAUGAUGACAUAGAAUAGGUACCUACAUUCCAAAGGUACUUUUACUUCUACUACUCCACCACAAUCAAUCUCCAUACAACCAAACCAACAUCUCAAUCUCACACCAGCCAAAACCACACCCCACCACUCACCCCUCCCCCAAAACCACCAGAAUACAAGGAAAAAAAAGAAAGAAAGAACAGAAAUGCCCCCCACCCCCCAAACAACAAAACUAACCUCAACGCUCCACCUCCUCAUCCCGCGACUGCGGCUCCUCCAAAAGAAAUCCACCGCCAGCUCCGUCAUCCAACGCCGCGAACUCUCGCAGCUGCUCGCCGAGAACAAGGACGCGAGCGCCCGCAUCCGCGUCGAAAAUGUCAUCGCCACCGACAUCGCCGUCGAGGUCAUGGAGAUGGUGGAGCUGUACUGCGAGCUGAUCCUGGCGCGGGCGAACGUGCUGGACCAGAAUGCGUUCAGCGAGAAGGGCGUGGAGGCCCGGAAUCGGGCGAAGGAGGCGUGGGUGGAGAUGAAGCGGAAAGAGCAGGGUUUGGGAGCUGGUUCGGGGUCUACGCCUGAUGCUGCGGGUGCGAAGAAAUCGGGGUUCGGGUUCGGGGCGCUUUUCGGUGGGGGGUCGAAGAAGGAGGAGGAUACAGUGUCUGCGGCGUCGACUGCGGGGCUUCAGAAUGCCGGGGAUGCGGCGUAUAUUGAUGCAGCGCUCGAUGAGGCCGCGGCGGCGAUCUUCUAUGCAUAUCCGCGGUUUCCGUCGGACGUGAGGGAGUUGACCAUUCUGAGGGGGUUGUUGGCGGAUCGGUAUGGGAAGGAGUUUAUGACGCUGGCGCAGGAUGAUCGGUUUCCGGAGGCGGAUGGGUUGAGGGUGCCGGAGAGGUUGGUGAAGGGGUUGCGGGUGCGGCCUCCGUCGCAGGAGUUGGUGGAGAGUUAUUUGAAGGAGAUUGCGAGGGCGUAUGGGGUUUCGUGGGGAGGGGAUGCGGAGGAGCUGGGGGACGCGCCGACGGAGUUUGUGGAUGAUGAUGACGAUGCUACUGCUGGGGGUGAUUUGCCGGUGACGCCGCGGAAAGAGGGCCGACCAGCUGAUGCAGAACGGAGGAUGUCUGAGACGGCGGAGUUGAAUCGUGCGACGCCGCCCAAGGGCUUGCAGUCUGGAAAGAGUCCGGUCAGUGUUGCGCCGCCGGGACCCCGGUCCGAUAACCCGAAUCCGCGCGUGAAGGUUCCGGAUGGGAAUGGGAAGGGGGAGGCCGAGGUGCAACCCAGGAGUCCCUCGAAGACGAGCAAAGGAGGGAUACCGGAGCUGGACGAGUUGACCAGACGCUUUGCGGCGCUGAAGAGGUAGUCUCCUCGUUCCAUUUUCUUUUUUUAUCCCUUCUAUCUUCCUGCCUGCUCUAUAUGCUUAUGAUAAUGAUAUCCUGAACGCACUGUCAUGAGAGAUUCUAUGUAUUAUGUAUCACGAUCUAUCGAACCACUCCCGCGAUUUUCUUUUUGUCAUCAUGCAUCAGAGAAGCAAGCGAGCCUAUGUCACAGAAUAGAAACGAAAAGGUA